UCACUUAACAUUGCAGGCUCGAGGGCAAAAAAAAGGAUCAUGGCUGCUAGAACGCUGCGGAUAGGUCUCAUUCCUGGGGAUGGUAUCGGGAGGGAAGUAAUUCCGGCUGGUCGUCGACUUCUGGAGUCGCUACCAUCGUCAUUGGGUCUGAAGUUCUCAUUUGUUGACCUUGAUGCUGGCUUCGACACCUUCAAAAGGACCGGCACCGCUUUACCUGAUCAGACGGUUGAAGUGCUCAAGAAGGAAUGCGAUGGUGCAUUGUUUGGCGCCGUCAGCUCUCCCAGCACCAAAGUCGCGGGCUAUUCUUCCCCAAUUGUUGCUCUCCGCAAGCGUCUCGACCUCUAUGCCAAUGUCCGGCCCGUCAAGACUACUGCGGGUGGUAGUGCAACCGGGUCUCCAAUUGACCUGGUCAUCGUUCGCGAAAACACCGAAGAUCUCUACGUGAAAGAAGAGAAGACAACGGAGGGACCCAACGGCAAGGUCGCCGAGGCUAUCAAGCGCAUCUCAGAGCGCGCUUCUUUCCGAAUUGCCACCAUGGCUGGUGAGAUUGCUCUGCGACGACAGAAGAUUCGCGAAGUGUCUCCUGGUACCUCCCACAUCUCGAAGCCCAUGGUCACCAUCACCCACAAGUCCAACGUCUUGUCUCAAACCGACGGGCUUUUCCGUGAAACCGCUCGACAGGCUCUUGCAAACCCGAAAUACAGCUCCGUUGAAGUCGAGGAACAAAUCGUGGAUUCUAUGGUCUACAAACUAUUCCGCCAGCCUGGUUACUACGAUGUUGUUGUGGCACCUAACCUCUACGGUGAUAUCCUGUCGGAUGGUGCUGCGGCGCUGGUUGGUAGUUUAGGACUUGUUCCCAGUGCCAAUGUCGGUGAUGGAUUUGCCAUCGGUGAACCUUGCCACGGCAGUGCACCUGAUAUCGAAGGCAAGGGAAUUGCUAACCCAAUUGCAACCCUCCGAAGUGUGGCGCUUAUGCUUGAAUUUCUUGGUGAAGAGCCCGCUGCUGCUAAGAUUUACGCUGCUGUUGAUGGCAACCUUGAUGAGGGCAAGUUACUAUCUCCUGAUCUUGGAGGCAAUGCUACCACUCAGGAAGUGCUAGAUGAUGUCUUGAAGAGGCUGUAAAAUAUUUGUUCUUGAAGCCAUAUUUUCCAGAUC